AUGAACGAUCAAGCCGGUCCCCGCAAAAAUCAAGCGUGUGCCUUGAAUAGGCAUCCUUCAUUGCCCCCCGCUGCUAGCAAUGCCACAAGUUUUGUGGGAGGAGAUCUCCCCCUUGCUCCUUCACGGGUCUGCAGCAACCCGGAACGAAAAAGGCUUGAUGCUACAUGCAACGCGAAUGACUUGAAGGCAAGGCGACAGCGUAAGAGAACCGUUCUCCGCGGUUUGGCUGGCUGCCUGCUAGUCUUGCUACUUGCCCUGGCUCUCGCUGCUAGUAUAUUCCUCGUUGUUGUCCUCGACUUCUUUGCGUACUCUAACCACGGAAAGCCGCUGCGUCUAGUGAACCUCCAGUUCACUCAGCCCCUGCGCCUCAGCUACACCGACGCCAGCGAGCAGCUCGAAAUAUCUCUGGACGGGCUUCACGUGCGCUUGGAGGGGAGCAAUCCUCUGCUGCUGCCCUUAAAUGUCAAGCUAGGAAAAGUUUCUCUGUUUUUUCGACCGUCUCCGACAGCGUAUAGAGUGGUAUCGUCACAGCUCACGCGCACGGCGAAUCCCGUACUGUUCCCCCCCCAGCGACACCACCGUCGAAGACGCCUUUCCGGAGAGGACUUCAACUCGAGGCACGAUGACCUCUUUUUUGCUGAAGCUGUCACGAGAUCUCGGAAGUCACCGCGCGCACUCACAGACAGGCGGCUGUUUACGAAACCAGCGGAAACGGAGAAUUCUGGGCACAACGCGGACGAUGUGGAGCGUAUUUUCUACGAAGCCCUCUCGGCGACACCUCACCGGAAACUGAGUGAGAGUAGUGAUGCCGGUGCCACAGUAGAUCGACAAGGCGGGGCGCCCGCCCCUGGGCACGACGGCAUUCCACCUGAAUUGUGGAGAACCCCAUAUAUACCCGGCAGGCAGUUGCAGCCAAACAGAGUGAACAGCGUCGCCAUGAACCGGGGCGCCAGAGAAGUCUUGGCAAUUGGCGGUGGAACACGGGGCUGGGAAGUUCCGAGCUCGGCUCCUGACGGCGACCUGCUGGAAAAUCCGCUACUGGUUCAAGAUAUGCUCGACUCCUUGAGUCCCGGUAGGAGUUCUAUUGAACCGGGAAGAAGCGGCCAAUUCGCCGAAUCGCUUGGGAGGAAUCCGCCUGUAAGAGGUGAAAAGCCUGAAGCGCUACCGAAGGACUUCUUCACACAGUACUUGGACGGGUCUGCCCCGUCUUCCGCAAUGCCAAUCAAAAACUUCCACUCUUCAAGCUACCUCCAACUCUCUAACGCGACUGCGUGCAUUCCACCGAGCAAAGAGGUAGGCGAGGAUUCCGAUGGAAGUUCCUGCGAAUCACCGUGGCGCGAGCUUGAAGAAACUCAAACGCAGUCACGGCAACACAAUGACACGUUCCCUGCCCCCGUAGACCACACAAUCCCGCCUCGUAGCAGCUCGGAGAUUCCUCUGGAGAUAUUCAGACGUCGCUUUUGUAGUUUAGAUCCGACGGCCAUGACAGCUGCCUUGGAAGUGAUGGUAACGUGCCUUAACGAAGGGUUUGCCCAGAUUCGGAUCCAGGUUUCAGGAACACAGCUUGCCUUUGCCAAGGGCAUGUUUUCCGCUGAGCUCGACACGCUGCAUUUUGAACCGCUUUUCAUCCCGUGUGAGUACCGAAACCAAAUACAAAUGAAGGCGCAGGGACAGAAUUAG